AUGAACAUAGGAAAAAGUCACCUGACACAAGUCAAUUUUGAUAAACUAUGGAACUCAAUACAACAUGAACUUACAUUAUUAUAUAACAAUAAAAAAUGCAGUGCUUUAAUAAUUUACAAUAAUAUUUAUAUUGUUUGUACUUCAACAUCCCAUAAAUAUGUUGAAGAUUUAUAUUGGAAAAUAGGAGAUUUUUUGUAUGAAAUAUUAAAGAACAAUAUGCAUAAUGUUUUCAAUAAUGAAAAUUGGAUCAAUGAAUAUAUUGUCUUUUAUGAAAAGUACUUGAUGUUUGUAAACAGCAUUAAUGACCUAGCUGAUUAUUUAAAUCAAUAUAUUACGACCAAAUCUAUAUAUCAUUUUGCUUUUCUGCUGUGGGAAAAGAUUAUACUACAAAACUGUUUUAAAUAUAAAAAAGUAAAUCUAGGAGAAUAUUUAGUGUUUCAUGAAAAUAUAGAUGAAGUUGAAAUAUGCCUACGAAGUCUUAAACAUAUUCUAGUUGAUCCUUCUAUCCCAUUACUAUAUUACACUGAAAGAUAUGAAAAAUUUGCUUUAUCUUAUGUCAUUGAUAAAUGUACACAAUUUGUAAAUGCAUUAAAAAAAGAAGAUGUUACAGAAUACAUUAGAUCAAUACAUCAUUUUAUAAAAAAUGAAAAGAAACGAAGGACAAAAGUAUUUUUAUUAGAAUCCUGGAAUAAACAUGAUUUAAUAGUCGAAGAUAUACUUGUUGUCCAAAAAAAGAAAUGGAUAAAAAAUGAGAUAUAUAAAAAAUUAAUGCAACAUACAUUGCCUGUGGAAAUAUUAGAUACAAUAAGAAAUAGCAUGUCAGAAGAUCAAAAAUGUACUAAAGUAAAAGAUGUAGAGCUGUGUACUGAGGAAACAAAUGGAAAAUAUAAACAAGAGUAUAAAAACACUGUUAUAAAUGAUUCUAAAAAAGAUUAUAAAAAUUACUACAAGAAUAGAAGUAAUGGCACUAUCUGUAAAAAUGUUAAUUUACCACACAUUCCUUUAAAUGAUUUUUAUGUCUUAUUUUCUAGUAACUUUCCUAAUCUCUAUACAUGGACAACUCAAGCUUUAAAUGAUGUAGCAUAUUUGACUAAAAAAUUAUCAAUUGUUGGUUAUGGAAAAGAUAUAUUAGAUGAAGUAUUGACUAAAUACUUAAAUACACAGUUACUUACUUUCAAACAUUUGCUUGAUAAGAAAAUAGAAACAUUGUACAUAUUUCUUAUAUUAUUUACCCAUGUUGUAAAAAUAGGGUUUAAUAAUCUUAAGAGUGCAAAUGAUACAUUAAUAAGAAAAUUAAAAGAUGCCUAUAAUUCUCUUACACCUUCAUUAAGUGACCGAUUGAUAACAUUUAGUGAUCUGAUAGCAUUAGGAAAUUGUGUUAUAGAAAAUAAGCAUUGUACAUUUAAAAAAGCGUUUAUUGAUUUUUACACAAAGAAUGAUAUUUGUAACUUGAAUGAAGAGGAAGAUAUAAACUACUUAGAUGACAAUGAAUCAACUAGUGAUUCUGAAAACACAAACCAGACUGAUUACAAUCACAAUGAUCUUCUAUUAUUUGUAGAGCCAGAAGAUUUAUCUUCGUUAGAAGACUGUUAUGUUAAAGAUACUGUUUAUACACAAAAAAGGAAUACAAGCCUUCCUGA